CCGGGUAGCAUUCAGUAAAAACUGAAAAAUUGAAGAUUUCUUUCGAUUUUUACUCGUUUUGCGCUAUAAAUGGGACUUUGUUUGGCUUAAACGGUGAAAUAUUUUUUGAACGGCAUGGAAGUGUCAGGGGAGCCUGAAGCCAACAUGUCGAGUGAUUUACUCAUACACGUAGUGGACAACACAGAGGAGCCUGAUGGCCAACGAGACCUUGCACUAGAGAACUCUGCACAGGAAAACCCUGCACAGGAGGGGGCAACUAUAGCAGCACUGAAAAAUGAAACCAAGAUAGAUAAAAAUAUUAAACAUACUACAGCAUUUUCCAAACAUGAAAAUGAAACAAAAAGUUUACUGACAAACCCUGUUGCAGUUCAGUUGUUCAAUCCAUAUACUAUGUCCAAAGUGCCCCCAAUUGCUAUACUAGUUGAUGGUCAAGAGACAAGACUCACUCCUCUCAGUGACUCUAGUAUGACCCAAGAUGAACCUCUAAAUGCAAAUGAAGAUGGGAGUCCACAAGCUAAACGAACCAGGACUGAUUCAGAUAAUGAUGUGACUGUUGAUAAAGAGCCAAUACCUAAUGUUCUGGUCAUUGAGAAUUGCCCCAACCGUACGGAGGCACCAGUAUUUGCAAAUCCUAUCAUCGGAGAAUCAUCAGGUCAAGAUGUAACUUUGGUGUCCGAGGAGCAGGCUACACCUAUCAUAUUUCAGAUUGCGGGUAGGCCCAAUGAUUUGACUCCUCAACUAGUUCAGUUUAAUCCUGUAGUGGCAGCUGGCGAUAAUACACCCACAUCAAUACCAAAAAGGACAAAACCUAACUUAUCUACCGUGAAAGAGCUCACUACAGGGACACCAAACCCUGGAAAAGUCGGGAAAUGCUUUAAAUGCGAGUUAUGUUCAGCAACUUUUGAUCGUAUGGGGAACUACACGAGACACAGAAUGGUCCAUACAGUGUAUGUAAAGGAUGAUUAUCGAUACAAGUGCAAGGAAUGUGAGCGUAUGUUCCUCCAACAGUGUGAUCUCAAGAGACAUGAAACCAUUCAUCGGGGCAUGGAACCAUUCAGAUGUACAGUCUGUAAUAAAGGCUACAUUAGGAGAAGUGACCUUAGGAUCCAUAUGAAGUUCCACAACAAACAGAAAGACUUCCAUUGUGACCAAUGCAGCAAAUCAUUUUACCAAAAUGGUGAUUUGAAGCGUCAUAUAAGACUAGUCCAUCUCCAAUGUAAGGUCCUCACAUGUGGUCACUGUAGCAAGAAGUAUGCAAAAGAGGCCACCCUUAUCAGACAUAUGCAAACUCAGCAUAGAGAUAUCAUACUGAAGUCUUUACUACAGGAGUUAAAGGGAGAAAAAGAUGGAGAUGUUAGUCUGUCUGACCUCAAUGCAGUUUCUCAACAGGCGGAUUCUGUUGCCAUCGAUGUGGAAACUUCUGCGGGGAUCUCUAAGAUAACUCUAGACCUACCUCCCGACCUAAACCUCCUACUCCAAGGUAGCUCAACGCCUCUUAUCGUAUCCAUGCCAACAACAUCCCUAGUGUCUCUCAUCACUAACGCCAAUGCUCCCUUAGUUAAUACAGGCUCAAUGCAGAGGGUCAAUACAACAUUGACACCAGCCACUCAAACCUUACCAUCUUUGUUAAUAGAAGUCCCAAAUCAGACUGAGGGAGGAGUUAUUAAUGUUGUGGAACAGGUGUCUCAAACACCAACAAUUGUACAACCUAUUUCCAAUUCGCACAAUGUGGAACAACCUAUUUCAGAGACACAAAGUGUAGUUCAACCAAUUACUGACUCACAAAAUGUUACAGAACAAAUAUCUGAGACACAAAAUUUGGUACAACAAAUUGCCAACUCUCAGAGUUUGGUGCAACCUAUUCCUGACACCCAAAAUGAGGUGCAAAAUAAUUCAGAAUCAAAAAGUAUCGAACAACAUGUUAAUAUUUCUGACAUUCAAAAUAUUGUUGUUGAGCAGCAUCAUACUAAUAAACAAAAAGAAGACACUCCAGUUGCAAUGGCAACCAAUUCAGAUCUCAACCCAUCUCUCACAACUUUUAAGGCUUCAAUAUGGGAAGACCAGAGUGGAGAAAAUGAAGUUGAAGAACAUUUGUUUUAAUAGGACUCUAAGAUAAACACAAGAGAUCUCUUUAGAAACGUAGCUUGAAUUUCCGUUUGCCAUCCUUUAAAAAUGCACCUAGUUCUCCAAUCCUCAUAUUGAAUUUUUCACGAAGCUUUUAAGUUUUGAUAAUGAAAAAGAAUCCAUACUAUUUAGUCUGUUAAUCUCAGACCAGUCAUGAACAGUUUAGGGCCAAGGAAAGAUCAGUUCAAGAUCCUUUUUUCAAGGAAGCACUUAUUCGAGUUCCCCAACUUUUUUGUGGAUGGCUUUCAGCGGUUGCUGUUUGGCAUUCAGCAUCUGUAACAAAUGGGGGGUGAUGACAUUUUUCAUGUUAAUGG